AUGCGGCUGCCAGCCAUCAUUCGGCCUCAGUGCCACCGCCAUCAACGGUAUGGCGAUUUUUUCCGGUCGGCAUUCAACAAACAGGCCACGGUUGGACGCUGCACACCAGUCGCGUUAAUACGAUCCAAUUCGACGGCAACAACAAUAACAGAUGCAUCGACAAAUUACUCGAUUACUGAGACUCUCGAGCAGGGUCACAUUUCUGUUGGGCCUAAUGAGGGGCUCUUGUUCAUCAAUAAUAUACUUCCGCUCAGACUCCAAUGGCUUUACAGACUUCUCUGGAUUGGAGACUCGUACGCCGUCAACCAAGUCCUAAAACGCGUCGACAAACCCUCUUACGCAGCAGCCGAUCACUGGGCAAUCGUGAGACGCGCAUUGCCACCAGACAUGCACGUAAACAUCAAAGAGGUCAUACCUCGACUCAGUGAAGGAGGGUUGUUUAUCAAAUAUUCACUGCCCGAUGGAGAAAAAAGGCCGAAAGGCGAAAUAGCAGCUGCGGUUGAAGAAUACCUGAAGAAAAAUCCUAUUCAUCCAUGGUUUAACCCAUUGGAUCGUGUCGGUGUAGGUUGCGUUUUGGGCAAGCCUUGGAUCGAGGAUAUGUACCACUUCCCCAGUCCGAGGCUGAAAGUUGAGUUUCUUCCGUCAUCAUCGAAUAGUACUCCGGAGGAAUUGACGCCAGAAGCUUUGUAUUCCCUCUUUCGCCGAUAUGGCAAGAUCAAGGACAUUGAUCGACAGCCGCCUGACUCUAAGGUUCUUCCGAAAUAUGCAAUGGUUGAAUUCACAAGAGCUAAAUAUGCUAUUCUGGCCCGGAGUUGCAUUCAUGGGGUCACAAUUCCCGAAACAGUCAGCGGUGGUGGUGGAGGAUCUGUCCUGAGGAUAACUUACGAACGCAAGGUCAAGGCCCAUUGGAUCAGGGAGUGGCUCUUCACCCAUCCUCGCAUCGUAAUUCCUGCUAUCGCAGCACUCAUUGCAGGGAUUACGGUCAUCAUAUUUGAUCCUAUCCGCACAUUCUUCAUCAAGAUGAAAGUGAAAGACCUGUUCAAUGUAGACGAUAAGGCUAUAUGGUCGUGGAUUCGAGAUGAAGUUCGGAAAGCCAACUUUUUAUCCGAAAACCGCAGCGAAAAGAAAGUCUUCCGAGCGUUAUCGGAUGACCGACAAGAAGACAUCAAUCGAUUACAAGCAUGGUUAGGCGAGAACGGAAAUACAUUCAUCGUCGUCCAGGGACCCCACGGAUCCGGCAAGAGAGAAAUUGUCAUCGAUCAGGCUCUAAAGGAUCGAAAAUACAAACUCAUUAUCGAUUGCAACCAAAUUCAAGAUGCAAGAAGUGAUGCAGCUACCAUUUCCAUUGCAGCUCAGCAAGUCGGUUACCGGCCAAUAUUCUCGUGGAUGAAUAGUUUCAACAGUUUCAUUGAUUUGGCUUCUCAAGGUAUUAUUGGUACCAAAGUUGGGUUUUCCGAGACGCUAGACUCCCAGCUGAGUAAAAUAUGGACAAAUACCGCCACUGCGUUGAGACAGAUUGCGCUCGAGAGCAAGAAGAAGGAUGGCAGUAUCAUGUCAGAUGACGAUUAUCUAGAGGCGCAUCCGGAGAAGAGACCUGUGGUUGUUAUCGACAACUUCCUGCACAAAGGACGCGAGAGCAAUAUUGUGGAUGAAAAACUGGCCGAGUGGGGAGCGGCUUUGAUUACUGGCAACAUCGCGCAUGUCAUUUUCUUAACUCCAGAUGCAUCAUAUUCCAAGACACUUGGCAAAGCGCUGCCCAGUCAAGUGUUUCGCUCAAUUUCCUUAGGCGACUGUUCAUUGGAAGUUGGCAGGAACUUUAUUCUUCGGUAUUUGCACAAUCAUGAUGAAGAUGCGGAUAAGGAUGAUGACGAGUCAUCUACCAAGCCGAAGGCACCACCACAAGGAUUGGAGGGUCUGGAUAGAUGUAUUGAGCUUGUCGGCGGCCGGUUGACUGAUCUGGAAUUCAUGGCCCAUCGAAUCAAGUCCGGCGAGAGUCCAAAAAGCGCCCUCAAACACAUAAUCGAACAAGCCGCUGCCGAAAUUGCAAAAGCCUACGUCUUCGAUGCCAACUCAACCUACACCCAGGACGCUCCCACCUGGACCCGCGAACAAGCCUGGUAUCUCAUCAAAACCAUCGCCGAAGACAAAAACGGCUCCGUCCCUUAUAGUAACAUCAUUGUAUCCGACCUCUUCAACAGCGCAGACGGUGAACGUACAUUGUCUGCCCUGGAACAAAAGGAACUCAUAACUGUGACAGCCGUAAAUGGUCGCCCCGCAGCCAUCAAACCGGGUCGACCCAUCUACCACUCCGCAUUCAAAUAUCUCACUCAGGACGACAUAUUACGCAACAGACUCGACCUCGGUAUCGUGCGUGAAAUGAUUGCCAGAGAAAAUCAGACGAUUGCAAAGUGUGAAGCUGAGUUACACCUCAUGGGCGAUCCAGAGAAAUAUCCGUCUGAUGUGAAAUGGAGGAUGCGUUGGGUGGCGAAAAGGUUGGAGGAUGCGCAUUGGAGGUUGGAGAAGUUCGAGAGGCAGAGUAAGGUUUUGGUGGAGUUUUUGAAGACGGCGGAGUAG